UAGAGUAGAUGGGUUCGUUUUUAAAUGAAAACAUCUUUUUUACUCUUAAACAGUUUACAGACACCCGUUUAACGGGAACUGUUACGAAAAACCUGUAGUAAAUGUUUUCUUCAUUAUCUGUCCUUUCAUUAUUAUUUUAUCUGUGGUAUCGCAUUUCGUUCCAUGUCUCUGUUCCAUGCCCUGCUAAUAAUUGUGUUCACUAAAGCAUUAGACUCUACUUUCCUUGUCAUUCACGUCAAGUUUAUAUAAUGUUAUCCUGUUGUCGAGUAUUGCAUCUGUCAAAAUUUCAACGUUUAAAUGACAGCGGCAUCAACAAAAUUGUUACAGAUGUCAAUUUAAAUAUUAAUCUAGCUCUGCUAUUUAGAAUUUUAUUAUUUUUUUCAAUGUAUCUAUGUUAUUAACGGAAAUAUGGGUGUAAUUUUAAAGUAUGUUGUAGCCGGUUUGGUGAGAUAUUAUCUAAUACAUCUAGAUUAUUGGCAAACAAUAGCCAAUAGAGUUGAAAUAGCGACGCCUUUAAACUCAUGGAAGAGGUUAAUGGAAGGUGUUUAUUUAUAUGAGCACAAUAUAAAUCCAUAUGAGGGAGACUCUUUUCAUGAGUCCCCUAUAAUGUUACUAACAUUUUAUUAUAUCAUGAAAAAAGUGCCAUUUAUAUUGCCAAUUUUAUUCACUUUAUUGGAUCUCCUGACUGCUUAUCUCUUGUAUAAAACCUCUCAAGCAUUUAUACGAAUUUUCAAAGAAUCACAGAAAAAUAAUAUAUCUGAAGUUGCUGAAGAGUCAAAAAGUAUGCUUUUGAAUGAUGACCAGUUGAAAGGAGCUGCGGAAUAUGUGUUAUCUGUCUACUUAUUUAAUCCCUACUCAGUUUUAAAUUGUGCUGGUAUGACUACCACUGUUGUCCAAAACUUGUUGGUGGCUACAGCUCUAUGGGGAGCUUCAAGUGGCCAGAGAAUUGUAGCAUGUGUGUUCAUUGCCCUUGCCACACACCAGGCUUUAUAUCCAGUACUGCUUAUUGUACCGAUAGCCAUAUUACUAGCUGAUGUCAAUAAAGGAUGCACUAAAUGUUCUUACAUUAGAACUUUACUUGUCUUUGUGUUGAGUUGGGGAUUCUUGAUAUAUUUAUCAGCUUACAUAAUGGAUGGAUCAUACAACUAUGUCUACAAUACCUAUGGAUUUAUAUUGACUGUGCCGGACCUAAAACCGAAUAUUGGCUUGUUCUGGUAUUUCUUCACAGAAAUGUUUGAGCACUUCCGAUUACUGUUUGUGUGUGCAUUUCAAAUCAAUGCCUUGGCAUUGUAUAUAGUGCCAUUGACACUCCGGUUUAAGAGGGAGCCAGUAUUACUGGCCACAGUACUUAUAGCUCUCUCUACCAUAUUCAGAUCCUAUCCAUGUGUUGGCGAUGUUGGGUUCUAUUUGGCCCUACUUCCUAUGUGGAAACAUCUAUUUUCCUUCAUGCAGCAGAAGUUCAUAGUCGGUUGCACCUUCAUCAUUACAUCAGCUCUGGGACCCACAGUCUGGCAUUUGUGGAUAUACUCAGGAUCGGCUAAUGCAAACUUCUUCUUUGGAGUUACUCUUUCAUUUGCAACUGCACAAAUAUUCCUGAUCACAGAUUUAUUAUUCGCUUACAUAAAGAGAGAGUUUACAUUAAAACACGGAUCGUCGCGACAAGUGGACGGCAAGCCUGCGAAAUUGGUCCUCCGAUAAUAAACUACGACUUGUGAUCCACUUCAUCUAGUUUAACUGUGAAUAACUGCAUUUAAUUUCUAUAAACAAAGGGAGUAUUUUUUUCAUAAAUUAAUUUUGGUUAUUAUUAAGUGGCUAUGAUUUUUGUAUUUGUGCCUAAAAUCAUAACCAGUUUAUAGUAUAUACUAAUGAUAAAAAUAAUUUAUGUAUCUAUUCUAUUCCAUAUGCAAGAAACAAAGUCCAGUAAUUUCGUAUGUAAUUAUCUGGAUUUUACUAGAACAAAUGUUUUUAUUUUAAGGUAAGCUGUUUAAUAAAUGUUAAUUUAGAGAUUAUAUGACUGCAUAGUUAUGAUACAAACUGUAAUAAGAAUGUUAUGGCCAUAUGUGAUGUAUAUUUAAAGAAUUUAACUAAAUGAGACAUAAUAUCCUUAAUAAUUUAGAACAAAGUUAAUGAAUAGAUUUAAAAUGUACCUGGAUUUAUCGCAUUUUUAGUUUUAAAUUAAGAUAUUUGGGAAUAUUAUUGUGUUUAAAACAAGCUAAGAUUUAGUAUUUCGUUUGAAAGGAAACUGUUUUGUGUUAUAACUACAUUGACUAAUUUGUGUAUUUGGUUCUGGUAGAUAGCUAAUACAUUUUACAUCACAUAUGAAUUGUAUACUUUAUUUAUUCUUUCAUUCCUGUCGAAGGGUACAUUUUGUAUUUUACAAUAAUAUUGAUUACUCAGCAAGUUAUUUAUUGGGUAUGGUUGCCCAAAUUACGUCACAAUUAAACUUUGCCAGUGUAGAAAGCAUUUUUAUGCACACACUUAAAUAAAUAACGUAAGCCUUAAAAUUCCGUGUAUUUUUUUUCUUUAAAGCUGUCCAAUUUCUUGUUUAAUUGUAUUUCAUACCAAAUGAUGUAAAGAGUUUAAUUUUAUUUUUGAUGACUAGGUUAAUGUGUACAGAUGGAUUGUCAAUAAAAGGUAAAUUAUUU